GUUGCCUGAUAGGAGUUUUGUGCUUUAGAACAACGCACACGGAUACUACACGCAAUAGGUUUAGAAUCAAAUUUCGCCCAACAGCUAGCCAUACUCAUUUGUGAGUUACUUUUGCGAUUUGCAUGGACCGUGUAUGUUGGGCCGCGAGUUCUUCAUUUUUCGGAAAUAUCCAGUAAAUUGUUAGCCCGAGAUUGCAUUCUUCUUGGUGGUGGCCGUUGACCGACUCUCCCAAUUUCCCAAUCCCAUCUAACAAAGCGGUACGAUGAACGGGAAAUCGCGCGAGGAUAAAGUGGUGGCGGCCGGCGAUGUGAUCAUGGAGCGUGAUCCCUGGGUUUGGGUCUUCCAGUGGGACAGUUACAAGGAGUACUGCGCUGGGUGUUUCCAUCCGUUAUCUCUGAGGUCGCCAGACGUACUGCCCUGUCUGGGAUGCCAAAUUCAUCGCUACUGCAGUCAACGCUGUCAGACUGCUGACUGGAAGUUGGAGCAUCAAUCGGAGUGCACACUGAUGAAGCGCAUCACCGAUUACCGACAGCAGGCAGCGCGCAAACCAGACGAUUCGUUUUUCGUCGCCACCAUUCUGACGCUCAAGAUCCACAACAAGAUGCAGAAAUCCGUCAUGGACCGUUUUCCGGGACUGAAUGGCAAGCGAUCAGCCAAAGAAAUCCUAAUGUCGUUCGACACUAAUCUGUUUUUGAAGGGGAAAAAAAUCACGGAGUUCUUGAGAAAGCCCUUCUACCAGGGCCUCUUGGCGGCGGUGUAUCCGAAAGCGGCGGAUCGACCUGCGGAAAUGGAUCUCGAGGACAUCCAACUGCGCGUCAUGAAGAACAUGUUUCCGCUCGCCGACUACAACAGCGAAGGCAAGGGUCCGAGCAUCUACGGCAGUGCAUUGUUCUUGGGAAUCGGAGAUAACGACGGGACGCUGGUGUGCCUGGACUACAACGCCAUGGUGGUCUUCCCGGGCAAAACAAUGCGUGUGGUGGCUCUGGAUGAUAUUCCUGGCUACAGCGGGUUGACAGAUAUAAAAUGGUGCGACUCCAUGUCGUUCGAAUUCCUGCUGCCGGCUAAACAGCGCCGCGAGUACUUUCAAAGGAAGCACAGGCGCGUGUGCGGUUGCCGCAAAUGCACACCGGAAUAUGAUGCCGAAAUUAAUCCGCUGAAAUGUAUCACUAACUACUGCCCAGAGCGCAUACCGAGCGACGAACGCGCACUGCUACCCUGUCCACAGUGUGGCGCUAUUAACGAACCGCGGCUGCGGGCGUUGCGCCGUUUCAUGAAGAAGCACGAGCCGGUCUUCCAGUUGGCCCUCACCGCCGACCUAACGGACCACGAUACCCUGCCCGGACUGGUUAUGCAUAUGAAAGCUUACCUUAUCGAAGAACUGAACAAACUGGACAUCCUGCAUCCGGGAGCCCUUCUGCGCAUGGUCUGCGGCUGGAUCGUGACAGACGUCUACGAAGAACAGAACCGCUUCGAGGAAGCCUGGGCGCUGUAUCAGGACUGUAUGCUGUGCAUCCGACAUAUCUUCCCCAAAUAUCAUGUGAUCCGGGCGCAGUUUCUGGGUUUUGCUGGGGACUUUGCGGUUAAGUGGGUGCAUCGUAUGAUGAAUUAUCCACGGGGUGUCUCCAAAUUGACAGCUAGCCUCAUCACUGAAGUUCUCGGACAUGGAAUCGAGUAUUUACAAGAGUCGUCGGAGAUUAACCUGAAGUUAUUCGGCCAGCUGUGCAAGUUCGCUAUGUGUAUGGAGCUGAAGAUCCGCGAAGCGAAGGACGUUCUACGGGCAGUGAAAUAUGCGAACGACUGAACAUUGUUCAGUCCUUUAGCAAGGUCUUCGUAGUGUGGUUAACACUUAACACCAUGUUUCUCACCGUGGAUAAAUCGUUUCAAUGUUAUUGAAUUUUUUUUCUCGUGGUCUAAUAGAACUUGCUUCUUUAAUUUUACACUGAUACGCA